AUGGAAACUUGUGAAAGAAGAUGCAGAAUAUGCCUAUGUGUUGAAGAAAGUGAAAAAUUAACAAGCAUAUAUGAAGAAAAGGAUGUUUCAUUAAAAAUAUAUUUAUUAACGCAAAUUAAAAUUAUGGAAUAUUGCAUAGAAGGAUUUCAAGCUUUAAUCUGUAGGACAUGUUUAGACGAACUCUUUAUUGCAAGCAACUUUAGAUGUAAAGCAAGAAAAACUGAAGAGUAUUUAAAGAAACAUUUAAAACUAGACGAAGCAAAAAUUUUAAAUAACUUAAAGAAUCUUGAGUUCAAGCUUGAAUCUGAUGAUGAGAUUAAGUGCGAACCGAGUUUUGAGUUAAUUGACAAUAUAGAUACAAUAUUAGGGAAUCAUUAUUCGACAUUUGAGAAUGUCAACAUUAAAUCAUACCAAGAAACAGAAAAUUUAAAGUUGAAGAAAUUGAUUGUGAAAAGAAAACGACCGAAAAGAAAUGCCGAAGAAGAUGAUAUAAUAGCCGAACGUAGCUCUUUAAACAAUUCUAUAUGUACCAUUGAAGAAAAUAUCAAUUAUGACUGCAAAUAUUGUAGUAAAUCGUUCAAACACGAAACCUAUCUUAAGCGUCAUAUUACGCGCAUUCAUGGGCAACUUUUAGCAAAAUCCAGAGUUAAUAUAAUUAAGAAUGACGAAAAUAAUCUCUAUUGUGAGAUUUGUCAGCAGUUCUUUACGACUCGAGGAAGCUUACAGAAACAUAUGAAAGUAAAGCAUGAGUAUGUUGAUAUCAAAGAUCGAUAUGUGUGCGAUUAUUGUGGAGAUCACUUUGUAAUUAAAUAUUAUCUUAUACGUCACAUAAGAGUGAGGCAUUUAAAGACGCACGUUGAAAAGCGAAUAACGGAUUCUCCAAUUCCAUGCGAAGUAUGUGGAAAAAUCUUAAGGAAUCGAGGGCUAUUAAAACCACAUAUGAGAUCACAUCAGAAAAUGACACCAAAUGAUUAUUGGUAUUGUGACUUGUGUCCAAGGAAGUUUAAAACUAGAGGUGGAUGCACUUGGCAUAUUCAGCAAAGGCACGUUCUCAAAACUACAUUUAAUUGCCCGUAUGAGAAUUGUUCAGUCGUUUAUAAAGGGAAAUGGGAACUAAAAUGCCAUAUUAAAUCAAAGCACACUAAUCAACGAGACUUCCGUUGCGAAAUUUGUGGUAAAGGCUUUUUGGAUAAACAAAAGCUUCAAAUUCACACGCGAAUUCAUACAGGUUUUUGUCUAUUUAAAUAUUUUUCGCGACUAUAUAUAUAUAUAUAGGUGAACGUCCACAUUGCUGUCAUUUAUGUACUGCAACAUUUAUUCAUCAAACUGAUUUAAGGAGGCAUGUAUGGAUGCACACAUCAUAUAGACCUAUAAGAUGUUCAGUUCCUAAUUGCGGCAAAGGAUUUAUGAAGAAAAGUGAGCUUGUGAAUCAUACAAAUAGAUGUCAUGCAACAACACAGGCAAUAACUUUCAAUUCUCAAUAUGCUCAAUAA